GACAGAAAAAAAGAGAAGAAAAAACUGAAAGAAAAUAAAAGAAGAAGAAGAUUAGGGCUUUCAUUGGAUUUGAGUAAGAGGAAAAAGAGUCAAUUACUUCUCGUGUCUUCUUCACUUGGGUUUCUCUCGUUCCCUGCCUGUCCGAGAAGCUUUUUAGAUACUAUCAAGAGGCAUGUCUUCUACUACUGCCAAGGAAAAUGUAUCUGUUGUCGAUUCUUCUUUGACUGAUUGGAAACAAGAUAUAGCAAACUCCGAUGAUCCAGGUGUCUUUCUUUUUAGCAGUUUAUUCUCAUUGUCUUGUUUAACUGGGUUUGUUGAAUUACGAUGGACAGAGAGUUCUGGAGAUCGUAAGCCCUCCAAUGCUGUACGAGGUCACUUUCUUGGAAGUAAGAACAAGAGUAAACCAGGGUAUCAAACGAGAUACUUCAUCAUCAAAAGUCUAAACUACGACAAUAUUCAACUCUCGGUUGAGAGAGGGAUAUGGGCUACUCAAGUCAUGAAUGAGCCUAUACUUGAAGGUGCUUUUCAUAACUCUGGUCGAGUGGUUUUAAUAUUCAGCGUGAACAUGAGCGGAUUCUUCCAAGGGUAUGCAGAGAUGCUGUCUCCUGUGGGUUGGAGACGAGACCACAUAUGGAGUCAGGGAGGUGGUAAGAACAACCCUUGGGGACGCAGCUUUAAAGUGAAAUGGUUGAGGCUGACUGAGUUGCCUUUUCAGAAAACACUUCAUCUCAAGAAUCCUUUGAAUGAUUACAAGCCUGUUAAGAUUAGCCGCGAUUGCCAGGAGUUGCCGGGAGAUAUUGGUGAAGCACUUUGUGAACUCCUUGAUGCGCAUAGCUGCGAUGACGGUUUGCUGAAUAGGUAUAGUUUGGUUCUUAGAUCUCUUUAUAUCUGCUUGUUCUUGAUAUUGGCGUGUGACAGCUCUUCUAGGGAUGAUUACUCAACAAAAAGGUCUCGCGUGGAACCUCCAUCUUCCUCAGGAGACGAAGAGUACAAUAACAAUAUGUGGGGCCAUUACCCUCCUGCGGUCUACUCAAACCAGGAUGACCUCAGCAGAUUCCAUCUUGCACAACAGGGAGGAUAUGGUGUAGAGCAAGAAAAGUAUUUACGAUUCAACUCAUGGGGUUUGCCUUUGGAGAGUCCUCUAGCGAAUACCCUAACUGAUGAUGAUUUUCUUAACAUGUCUUAUGAAGAAUACGUUGAAAUCCACAGCAGAUGCAUGAGACAACUUGGUCUUCCUGUGAUUCCACAAUCGCAUGCCACACAAGAGCCAUCAAGUAAAACAGAUGAUGGAAGCAAUGGUUCUUCGAAAGACCGGUCAUCAUCAAGAAAGAGAGGACGGGAUUCAUCCUAGUGUUCAAGCUCGAACCUCUACCACUAAGAUUGCAUCAAAAACGCCCAAGAAUUUGUCCAUUUCGCUAGCAUGGUGAUGGAGAAGUUGUCGUCAUGCUGUAUUCAUGUUCAUUUAUUCUGGUGGUUUACAGAAACAAGAAGAGUGUAGCUAAACAGUUUCUUCUUUUUUUUUUUUGGCCAAAACUUGUACAGUUUUUAAUAUGGCAACGCUUAAAGCUUUUGGAAAUCUAAACCCUGAAUUAGGUUUGUGAUUUCGUUUUAAAGAUGAGUUCUCAAG